UUCGCUCAGUCGGUGUAUGUUUCAGUUCAAGGUAUAAUGCAUGUUACCAUCAUAACAAAUCGAAUGAACUAAAACACAUUACGGAAAUGUUUAAGACAGUUUUUUUAGCAAUAAUCAUAGGAGUAACUAUUUGGUCAACACAAGCAAAUAACUCAAAGGAAACAGAAUGCAGAGCGGAAUUAGAACAAGAAUUGUACGGUUAUGUCAAACUGGAUGGUUGGCAGAAACUUUUCACACGACAUUUUAAGUUUAUUGUUGAUGAGUAURGCGAAAUUUUAAGUGAACGGAAACGACUGAAGUUUAAUACAAUUAUACAUAAUGCAAUUUAUGGGUGCAAUCAUGAACGUGACGACGAAGUAGACGACUGCCCAAAUAUUUACCACGGAAGUAUAAGGUCGUGUAAGCAUGGAAAAAAUAUCAAAUCCGCCAUGUUUAGGGCAGCAAGAUGUGGUUUUGUCGAAUUGUCCAUUAAGCAUAUAGUUCUAAGUGACGCUUUGUUAAUUUCAUAUCCAUUAAAAAAKUUGGUCCAACAACCUAAAAUUGUCGACCAGGCAAUUAGAGAAUUCGGUGAAACUGUUGUCAAUAUGCUAAUCAUACUUUUUCAUGGUGAAACAGGUGGUCUCGGAGAAUUUAUGGCUCUAAAUUUGUACCUGAACAACGUUUAUAAUACCGUAUUUCUAUACAAGAUACCAGUGGAACAAGAAAUGUCAUCAGUUKAUUUAGAAAUUGCUAAGAAACAUUUGAAAGACAUCCACAUGAUGCUUUUAGAUAAAUUAUACACUUUUUGGGAUACUUGGUGUAGCGAAAAGGACAUAGUGACUCAGUAUCGACUAAGGUACAAGAAUGACGAGUACAUAGUAAUUUUAGACGAAAUGAACAAGAACAUCGAAGAUGCUUAUAAAUUAAUGCGGAGUUUAAAUGUUUCCCAUAAUGUAGUAGAUUUUGAUUUUGAUCCAAAGAAAAUUGCACUUACAGAUUUUGUCAACCAUYUAGUUUCAAAUAUACCCAUGCCGAAUGACCUUGCGGUCAACUUGAUGUUAAAAUCAUUUGAGGCAUCGUUUGAAUUCAACCCUCACGCUAUAUAUGAAUACCACAAGUCCGUAUUCAGAUAUAUAUACAUUUGUUUUUACUGGACGACAAUAACUCACUUAAAAUUAGGUAUUCAGUUUAUAAACGAAGUAGAAAAUGUUGAAAUGACGGAAUAUCGAAAGAGUUUUAUAGUUAACUUUAACAAAUACUUACGACCACUAACGAUUUUUAAUAUUCAACGAUCUCAGUUUCCUUUAAGAUUAUCGCCAGAGGCUUCGAUCAACWUGACUAGUUUGCUUUUCUUUCUGUUAAAGUUUUUUGAUGAUUUAAGAAAUACCAAUUCAAUGGACGUGAUUUUAUCAUCGAAACUGGAACUUCAGAAAUUUGCAAGUUUAUUAAGUGCUGACAUGGAGACUAUGUCAAAUGUGAAAGCACCGGCUAAUUAUUAUUUUGAUAGUAUAAGUUAUGAAAAAACAUUGAAAUUGAUGAAAUCAAACUACCAAGUAUUUGCUCGUUUAGUUAUAGCAACAAGUGGCUUUAAAGAAGAUCGAAUGAAUGUGAUUAAACUAAAGAAAUUGUUCUUCUUUUUGUCCGAAGCCGUCGAGUUUGAAGGUAAUUUAUAGUGAUUGUACACUUCUUUUUGAUUUAUAAUAAUAUGACAUGAUAUUUUGUUUGUAAAUAUAUAUUUUUUUGCCAGUUAAUUAAAUGAAUUGCCAAGUUUUAUCAGCACAGGUACAUUUAUUUUGCGUGUAUAUCGUUAUAUUUAACAACUAUAAUUGUUUACGUUUAUAUGUUAUUUUA